UGUUAAAAAUGGUAGAAUAAUAUCAUUAAUUAGUCAUAAAGAAACCUGCAAAAACCUGCAUUGGAGAGCAUGAAAGCACAUUGUUAGAAGUGACAUUUGCUUAGGAAUUGCAGAAGCAUUCAUUCCCUACUUAUCAACUCCCAGAUUUCUCUUCUCUUAAUCUCAAAUUAAAGGGUUUCUGUUCAUCUUUAAUCUUUAGAGCGCACAAAUUCAAAAUUUGAAGGUAGAAAAACACCCAAAAAUAGACAUAUAAAGUACAAAAAAGGAUAAAAAACCUUUUUUUUUUUUACACAAUUACACUUUCGUAUUUGAACAUCCCAACAAAACCCUUUAAUACCCAUCUCAUAUGAACAUGAUCUUAUUAUUUGAUGCAAGAUGCUGAGAAAAUGAAGUUAAGAAUUCCUGUUUAGACUCCAAUUCAUUUCACCGCAGGAGGCAGGGGCAAAAGUUCGGAUUGAUUGCAGCACUUCUAAGGCUUUGUAUGACAGUAUGCUGAAGAUUCCUGAAAGGUUUCUGCAAGAUAAAUUAGAGGGAAAACCAACAAAGAUUUUGAAUCCAGAACGGGAGAAAAGGCUUGAUAUGAUGAGGAAAUUACUAGUACAAAAUACGGGAAUUGACAACUUAGAAUUUCAAGAAAUCGUCUGCAAGGACCUCAAAUUCUUAAAAGAGAAUGAGGUCCAUAAUCGAAUAUACUCCAACAUUAAACAAAAAACUGCGAGUGAAGCUAUUAGUGUCCUGCAUUUGCCUGCAGAAGAAUCCUGUAAACAGAGUAAUGAGAAGAACGAAGUUUCAACUUCGGAGGCUGAUGAGUUUGUCAGCAUUCUAUCGGAAGCUUACAAGGACGAUCCAGAUGUUCAUUUCAUUCCUUCUAUGCAGUUUGGGAAAGAGGAUACCCCUGGAUGGAACUCAUGGAGGAAGACGAAAGUUGUUGCAGCAAGAUUGGUUUUGCUUGAUGAGAUCAAGAACAAAAAAGCGGCAGAUGAAGACACAUUGGCAGAAAAAAUGAAGGGAAGAUCUGAUCCUUUGGGUGUGAAGAUGGGUAGCUGUUCGUCCUCUAACGUUGCACUUGAGGGCAGUACCAAAAUUCAGUUGAAGCUAAAUCAGGAGGAUUCACAGCCUCAGCAAGACCAUGAUAUACUGUCAAGUCAGGGCAUACAGGUUAAUUUAAGAGAGCUAAAGCCAGAGUGGCUUGAAAAGUUUUUCAGGAGGACCUUUUUUGAGCCUUGUUCUGAACAUCCUAUUCGCCGGAAUGAGCUGAACAAGUAUUGUAUAGAUUGUGAUGCAUCUCUCUGCCAGUAUUGUGUGUCAUUAGCUUCCCAUGCAGGCCAUAAACUUUUGAAGAUCUAUCGACAUGUUUACAAGGAUGUGGUCCCACUUGAUGAGAUAGGGAGGCAUGUUGAUUGUUCAAAGAUCCAGCCAUACAGAUGUAACAGGCAGAUGGUCAUAGCUUUGACUCCAUUGCCACACUCGGGGACGAAAACAAAUGAGGAGGCGACAUGCCAUACAUGCAAAAGAAAGUUGAUUGAGUAUGAAGUUUAUAAUUACUGCUCCAUUUCUUGCAAGGUGGAAGCAUUCAUGAAGAAGGAAAAUGAAUUAGCUCCUCCAUUCCUGUUGCUUGAUCAAGUAGUGGAGGGCCUGGAGGCAAUCGUACAGCAAGUACAAAUAGCAAUACCGGACAAGACUCGCAAGAGGAGAAAGGGUAUACCUCACCGUUCACCUCUUUUUUAGAAGACCUUCAUAUUUCUCUGCCCCAGUUAAAAGUUAAGCUUGUGACUGCCUAUUUUCAAAUUCGCGAUGUAAAACAUUGUCAAACCAAACCAUUGCCAUUUUUAUUAAACAUUGUUGCUGAGGGGGUGGUACCUUAGCCAUUUAACCUUGUGUAUGGAAUUGCAAAUGUUGCUCGAUCGUGUUUAAAACUUAUGGCUUCCUUCACAGUGGAACGUGCUUAUUCUUGUUUCCGUAAACCAUCAAGGUAAUGAUGUUUAAUUACAAGCGUUCUAGCCA